CUGCGAAAACAGAGCUAGGCUACAGGGCAGGCAGCUAAAUUCUGGUCCUCUUGUUUGUUACUUUCUCCUUAACCACACACACUAAGCUCUUAGCAUGUAGCAUUCUAGCAUCAAUACACGGCUGACCUACUCGACUGCCUCGGCUGCGUACUUGCAUUAAAAAGAGGCGUUUUUUGUGCAGAAGUAAGUGUCAGUCUUCUCCAUAUCUGGAUCUGGAUCGAUACCAACUGUGCAGGCAGAAUGAAGUGUGACCCCUGGCCUAAGGGAAAAAAGCUGGUUCACCUGGACUUGAAAGGUGCCCCUCCACGAGUUGAAUACCUGCGCAGGCUGAUCGAGCUCUUCUCUCAGCUGGGAGUGGACGGCCUGCUGGUGGAAUAUGAGGAUGCGUUUCCUUAUGAGGGGGAGCUGAAGCUGCUACAGGCGACAGUACAGCCUGCUUACAGCCAAGAGGAAGUGCUGUCUAUGCAGGAGUUUGCCAGAUCUAAGGGCAUGGAGGUGAUUCCGCUCGUGCAGACAUUUGGUCACAUGGAGUUUGUACUGAAGCACCGGCCCAUGUGGCACCUGAGAGAGACGUCGCACUGCGUGGGAACCCUGAAUCCCCACAGAGAGGAGGGGGUGAAGCUGGUGAUGGAGAUGGUGAGGCAGGUGGUGGAGCUGCAUCCUGGUCUAGACACACUGCACAUUGGAGCAGAUGAGGUGUACAUGCUGGGUGAGGGUGAGGAGUCCAAGCUGUGGCUGACUUCUCCUGGACAUACAGUGGAGCAACUGUUCCUGAGUCAUGUGACCAAGGUGGCCAAAGCUAUCAAGGAGGUGUGGCCUCACAUGACCAUCAUAAUGUGGGAUGAUAUGAUGAGGGGCAUGAGCCAGGACACACUGAAAGCCAGUGGUCUAGUAGGACUCGUUCAGCCCAUGCUGUGGGACUACACUCCUAACCUGGAUGUGGACAAAACUGUAUCUCUGCUACAGAAGUACUGCAGUGCUGGUAUGGCAGAUGUUUGGGCAGCCAGCUCCUUUAAAGGCUCCACUAGUGUUUACACCUGUGUGACUUGCACACAAAGACAUGUGGACAAUCAUUUGCAGUGGCUGAAGGUGGCUGCGUCUCUGUCUCCUGGUGUGAACCUGAAGGGCAUCGCCAUCACAGGCUGGCAGAGGUAUGACCAUCUAUCGGUGCUGUGUGAGCUGAUGCCGGUGGCUCUCCCAUCACUAGCAGCCUGUCUGCAGACUCUCCUCCACGGUCAGUUCAGUGCUGAGGCUCACAGCAAAGUCACUGAGGUGCUGGGGAUUUCUGCAGUGGAGGUGGAGGCCAUGGAGAGUUUCCUCUGUGUGGCCCUCAGGACAUCUGCAGCCGACUCUUUGUUUCCAGGAAGGAGGCUGGCCGAGUUAAUUGUGGAGCUUAAUUCACUCCUGAAUUCGGAGGAUAUAAGAUUUUUUGAAAGCAACAUGUUUGUACGAGGAUGGUUCAGUCCGUACCACCGACAGAGGAGGACGGUAACGCCGCUAAUCACAAUGCAGAUUCACAGCCAAGCAGCAACGUAUUUGGCGAUGCUACAACAGAAGGUGGAGUCAGUGAGAGAGGAGAUGGUUCAUCUUUACCCAGAGUCUACAGCCCAGGAGUGGAUAGAGGAACAUGUCAGCCCUGUAGUGGCCCCUCUGCAGAGGAUAACAGAGGAUAUCGGAGCCUGUGUGAAGGAGAUGGUGCCAUAGAGAAAUCUUGUACUUCAACAUUAAACUUCUAUUUGAUUCAAUCAGA